AGCCUCCCCAGAAGCCGGCUCUGCGGUCAGCGAUGUUGCAGUGCAGACAUGCCCAGGAGUUCAGCUUUGGGCCACGGGCGUUGAAAGAUGCGCUGAUCUCCACUAAUCCAGCGCUGCAGGAACUGUACGCCAAGGCCUUCACCACUGCCGAGAAGCUCUUCCUGUCGGAAGCGUACAAUCCUCGCCGGACGCUCUUCUGCGGCUUGUUCAUCAGGACGGCCUUCGACUGGCUCCUCAGCCACCCCGACGCACCCGAGGACUUUGAGACUUUCUACUAUUCCCUGCUGCGGAGGAAACCCCGCUUCUACCGCAAGCACAUAUACCUGCAGCCGAUAGACCUGAGUGAAGGUCCCGCCGGGGUCUCCCUGUUGGACUCCCUCCGGAGCUGUGUCGAAUCUUUCUUUCUGGGCCUCCGAGUCAAGUGCCUUCCUUCCGUCCCGGUGUCCUCCAUCCACUGCUGUUACCGCAACAAUGAGGAUUCUGAUAGGGUACAACUCCACACAGAUGGGAUCCUGACCUUUCUGAAGAACAACAAGCCGAUGGAUGCCCUCUGUGUCCUGGGACUCACCCUCGCAGACCUCUACCCCUGUGAGACGUGGAGCUUCACUUUCGGCAAGUUCCUGCCAGGCCAAGAAGUGGGCGUGUGCAGCUUUGCCAGGUUCUCCGGAGACUUCUCCCAGGUGGGCUGCGCCAUGCCGAACCCCUCCCCCCGGACGCAAGAGGGAGACCGUGAAGCCGUAGAGCAGGCUGAGAACCAGACGCUGUUGUUUAACAUGCUGGAGAUGCUUCAGUGCUGCAAGGUCACAUGCCACGAAAUCUGCCACCUGAUCGGCCUGGGCAACUGCCGCUGGCUCCAGUGCAUCAUGCAGGGGGCCCUGAGCUUAGACGAGGUGCUGCUGCGGCCGCUGGAGCCCUGCCCCAUCUGCCUGCGGAAGCUGCAGUACGUGGUGGGCUUCAAACUGAUCGAGCGCUACCGGAAACUCUAUGCCUGGACCCAAACCAUCCUGGCAACCUGGCCCAGCCAAGCAGAGGCAGACCUGUCUGUAACCGAGGACGCUCUUCCCUACAGCGCGGACUCCGGGAUGGGCGGCGAGACCAACUCGGAGGCUGUGACCUCCCUCUCAGAGCCCCUGACUCCUGAUACCUGCAGCCAGGCGGUGUCCACCCUGCAGGAUCUGGACCUCGAUGAGGAGUCGUGCGCUCUGACCGACGCUCCCAGCGAGGAGCAGCUGGGGGGCACCCCCAAGCCCCUGGACAUAAUCAAGGAAUACAUUCUGUGGCUGGAGAUGUGCAUCGCCGCUCUGGAGAAAGACAUCUCCGAGGAGGAACUCUUGCAGGUGGACAGAGCCGUGGACACCCUGGCGCGGUGGGAGAUGUUCACGGGACGGCCACCGUCCGUACGGAGAGACCUGCUUUUGCCCAGCGACAGCCCGGGGCUGAAGAAAGUCCUGGGGGACAAAUUUUCCUCCUUGAGGAGGAAACUAAGUUCCAGGAAAAUGGCUCGAACGGAGUCGUCUCCUCGCCGCUGGAGGUGGGAAGACAGCUAG